AUGUCGUCAUAUGCUAAAUUUUUGAAAGAAAUUUUGUCAAACAAAAGAAAACUUGACGACAAUGAGACAAUUUCUUUAACUGAGGAAUGUAGUGCCAUAAUUCAAAAUAAAUUGCCUCCCAAACAUAAAGACCCUGGAAGUUUUUCUAUUCCUUGUGUUAUUGGUGAUAUGAGUUUUGAACGUGCUUUGUGCGAUCUUGGGGCUAGUGUAAGCCUCAUGCCUUUGUCAGUUUGUAAGAAGCUUGAUGUGGAAAUUUUGUCAAACAAAAGAAAACUUGACGACAAUGAGACAAUUUCUUUAACUGAGGAAUGUAGUGCCAUAAUUCAAAAUAAAUUGCCUCCCAAACAUAAAGACCCUGGAAGUUUUUCUAUUCCUUGUGUUAUUGGUGAUAUGAGUUUUGAACGUGCUUUGUGUGAUCUUGGGGAUAGUGUAAGCCUCAUGCCUUUGUCAGUUUGUAAGAAGCUUGAUGUGGGUGAGUUAAAGCCCACCAACAUUUCCUUACAGCUAGCUAAUCGAUCUAUCAAGUAUCAGGUGAGAAUAUUAGAGGAUGUUCCUAUCUAA